CAUACAGACUGUAUGUACCCGGGUCCAGUAUCUCAUUCCAAAUUCGUCUGUCAAGCGCUCAAGCACUGCUUUGAUUGGUAUACGAAGGUGACAUGCGUGUAAGCGCCUUCCAGAUCGUGGGGAUCGCCGCCAUUGUUGCAAGUUUUGCCUCCCUCACAGUCGCUGAAGGCCUUUCGUCCGCUCCUAAGCUUUAUCAUGAUGCCAACACGGUCCGUUACCUCAAGUCGGAGGGAAAAUUAAGUGUACAUGGCAAGGACUCGACCCCCAACGAAGAGAGAGCGGAGCUGCGUGGCGCUUUCAGCAGGCUCCAAUCUCUUUUUCGUAGAGACCCGAAAAAGGUGAUAGACACAAAACUCGACGAGCAAGGAGCUGCCCAAGCUCUAAGCAAGCUGAAAUCAACCGUAGGUUUCACAGGCAAAAGCCCUACCAAGGUGGCUCCAGAAAAGCUGAAAACGCUGGAGACGUAUGCUCGGGAUAACCCUGACAAAUGGUACGCAAUGUCGUAUUACCUGGAAUAUGUGUAUGGGAUAGCCUUUGUAGUCAUUUUUGGAGCCGGUGCCAUAUUCCUCUCGUGGCGGCCCGCUGGAAUGGGAAGUCCGAGGCCCAACUAAAGCGAAUACAAAAUUGUUUCACUCAUUUAUUG